AUGGCCUUUAAGUAAACGGAGCAAAUUAAAGCUUCUUCUUCUUCCUUUCUUCCUUUCAUCCUCUCCGGGUGAUUCUGUAAAAAAUUCUUGGAUUUUCUUGAAUUUCCGGCCAUGGAGCGUGCUCGCAAGCUUGCGAACCGGGCGAUUCUCCGGCGGUUGGUUCACGAGGCGAAACAGCUUCGCGCGAAAACGCCGCCGCCGCCACAGGCGGCGGCGUUGCACCGGCCGUCGAGGUAUGUUUCCUCGUUAGCGCCGUGCGCAAUGUACGAAAACCAGCGGAGGUACGUCGCCGGAGGCGGGUUUCCGGCGAGCCAGCAGCAGCAGAGGCGGUCGAUUUCCGUGGAGGCGUUGAAGCCGAGCGACACUUUCCCGCGGCGGCACAACUCGGCGACGCCGGAGGAGCAGUCGAAGAUGGCGGACUUUUGCGGGUUCCAAAGCCUGGAUGCUUUGAUAGACGCCACCGUGCCUCACUCCAUCCGUAUAAAGUCCAUGGAGUUCCCCAAGUUCGACCAGGGCCUUACCGAGGCUCAGAUGAUUGAGCACAUGAAGAACCUAGCUUCAAAAAACAAGGUUUUCAAGUCCUACAUAGGAAUGGGAUACUAUAACACCUUUGUCCCCCCUGUAAUCCUAAGAAACAUCAUGGAAAACCCCGGCUGGUACACUCAAUAUACCCCAUACCAGGCUGAAAUUUCCCAGGGCCGCCUGGAAUCCUUGCUGAAUUUCCAAACCAUGAUUACUGACCUCACAGGCCUCCCCAUGUCCAAUGCCUCAUUGUUAGAUGAGGGCACCGCUGCAGCUGAGGCAAUGGCUAUGUGCAACAAUAUUCUCAAAGGGAAAAAGAAAACUUUCAUCAUUGCUAGCAACUGUCACCCCCAGACCAUUGAUAUCUGCAAGACCCGGGCCGAUGGGUUCGAGCUCAAGGUGGUCACAGCUGAUCUCAAGGACAUUGAUUACAAGAGCGGGGAUGUUUGUGGCGUGUUGGUUCAGUACCCCGGGACCGAGGGCGAGGUUUUGGACUAUGGGGAGUUCAUAAAGAAUGCCCAUGCCCAUGGGGUGAAGGUUGUGAUGGCAUCUGAUUUGUUGGCUUUGACAAUGCUUAAGCCUCCGGGUGAAUUGGGUGCUGAUAUUGUGGUUGGGUCUGCUCAGAGGUUUGGGGUUCCCAUGGGGUAUGGAGGGCCCCAUGCUGCUUUCUUGGCCACAUCUCAAGAGUACAAGAGAAUGAUGCCUGGAAGGAUUAUUGGUGUUAGUGUUGAUUCCUCUGGGAAGCCUGCUCUGCGUAUGGCAAUGCAGACUAGGGAGCAGCAUAUUCGUAGGGACAAAGCUACAAGCAACAUUUGCACUGCCCAGGCAUUGCUUGCCAAUAUGGCUGCCAUGUAUGCUGUUUAUCAUGGACCUGAAGGGCUUAAAACAAUUGCACAACGUGUUCAUGGUCUUGCUGGAACAUUUGCAACUGGGCUGAAAAAGCUGGGGACAGCAGAAGUACAGGAUCUUCCCUUCUUUGACACUGUGAAGGUUAAGUGCACUGAUGCAAACGCAAUUGCUGAAGCUGCAUACAAAAAUGAGAUUAACUUGCGGGUUGUGGACAGCAAUACUAUCACCGUGUCGUUUGAUGAGACAACCACCUUAGAAGAUGUAGACAAACUGUUUAAAGUUUUUGCUGGUGGAAAGCCGGUGUCAUUCAGUGCUGAAUCCAUUGCAGCAGAAGUUCAAAACAAGAUCCCUACUGGGCUUGUAAGGGAGAGUCCAUUCUUAACUAACUCAAUAUUCAACAUGUACCACACCGAGCACGAGUUGCUUAGGUACCUUCAUAGACUGCAAGCAAAGGACUUAUCUCUGUGCCAUAGCAUGAUUCCUCUUGGAUCCUGUACUAUGAAGUUGAAUGCUACCACAGAGAUGAUGCCUGUCACCUGGCCUGGCUUUACAGAUAUUCACCCGUUUGUUCCCGUUGAACAGGCUGCAGGAUAUCAGGAAAUGUUCGACGAUUUGGGUGCCCUGUUGUGUACAAUUACAGGAUUUGAUUCCUUCUCCCUGCAACCAAAUGCUGGUGCUGCUGGAGAGUAUGCUGGACUGAUGGUUAUUCGUGCAUAUCAUCAGGCAAGAGGUGAUCAUCACCGCGAUGUAUGCAUCAUACCUGUAUCAGCACACGGAACAAAUCCCGCAAGUGCUGCCAUGUGUGGGAUGAAAAUCGUUGCUGUUGGGACUGAUGCGAAAGGAAACAUUAACAUUGAGGAAUUAAGGAAGGCUGCUGAGGCAAAUAAGGAUAACCUGGCUGCUCUCAUGGUUACGUAUCCUUCCACUCAUGGAGUGUAUGAGGAAGGCAUUGAUGAGAUAUGCAAGAUAAUUCAUGACAAUGGUGGCCAAGUUUACAUGGAUGGAGCCAAUAUGAAUGCACAGGUUGGUUUGACAAGCCCGGGUUUUAUUGGUGCCGAUGUUUGCCAUCUAAAUCUCCACAAAACGUUCUGCAUUCCUCACGGUGGAGGCGGUCCUGGCAUGGGUCCUAUUGGUGUGAAGAAGCAUUUGGCACCAUUUUUACCCUCACACCCUGUGGUACCAACGGGAGGAAUCCCAUCCCCCGACAAGAGCCACCCUCUUGGUACUAUCUCUGCUGCACCUUGGGGUUCUGCUCUUAUCUUGCCGAUAUCAUAUACCUACAUUGCCAUGAUGGGCUCCAAGGGACUUACUGACGCAUCAAAGAUAGCUAUAUUGAAUGCUAACUACAUGGCUAAGCGUUUGGAGAAGCACUACCCCAUUCUAUUCCGCGGUGUCAAUGGAACCGUUGCUCAUGAAUUCAUUGUUGACUUGAGGGGCUUUAAGAACACUGCUGGAAUUGAGGCUGAAGAUGUUGCUAAACGUCUUAUGGACUAUGGAUUUCACGGGCCAACCAUGUCGUGGCCUGUCCCUGGCACGCUAAUGAUUGAGCCAACCGAAAGUGAGAGCAAGGCUGAGUUAGAUAGGUUCUGUGACACACUUAUCUCCAUCAGAGAAGAAAUUGCACAGAUCGAGAAAGGCAAAUUCGAUAUUAACAACAAUGUUCUUAAGAAUGCUCCUCAUCCUCCCUCGCUACUUAUGGCGGAUGCAUGGACAAAACCGUACUCUAGGGAGUAUGCUGCCUUCCCUGCUCAAUGGCUCAAGACUGCCAAAUUCUGGCCAACUACAGGGCGUGUGGACAACGUGUAUGGAGACCGAAACCUUAUCUGCACCCUUCUUCCGGUAUCACAGAUGGUGGAAGAUGAGGCUGCAGCUUCUGCUUAAACUCCUCCAUGAUGAAGCAAAGGUUUCCCUUCAAAGAAAGACAGAAAAAGAGAAAAAAAAAUGUCACUUCUUUUCUUGUAUAUACAAAUUACAUUUGAAAUACACUCCCUAGUGAGCUUUGGCUGAUGAUUUCAAUAUUCCUAUUCCUCACUUGAUGAACAGCUGCUCUGUUAACUAUUGUUGAUAAUUGCAGCUUUCAGUUGUUGUAUUUA